CAGGUGUUCUAUAUAUGUCGCCAGCUGGUUCCAUGUUGUUUCACAUGCUGCAUUCGCUGAUGCUGGUUCCCCAGUGCAGAGUUGUCCCCCUUUUAAACUCUCUUCUAACACUACUCUCAAAUCUAGACCAAAUCUGCAAGCUCUUAACAAACAUCGAGAGAUUCGAGAAAAGGGAACUGGAACAGUGUUUUAACUCCAGUGUUUCUGCAAUCUGGUUGGUUGAUCUUGAAAGAGUUUGCUCACUACUGAUUGGACAUUGCCUUGGUGACAUGCUUAUAGGUCCACCAAUCACAGCAGAGGAAAAACAAGUACACUUCUGGAUGGAGAAUAAACUAUUCAGCAAUGGAUUACAAGAAAACGAGAACAAGUUUGAGAUGGAGAUUGAGAAAAUAGUGGAGCAUAUUUUGGCAUGUCCUGCAGAAACCAGCUUGGUUUAUGAGAAUAUAUGUAAAGAGAAGUAUGAAGGAGAUAAAGCAGUUCUCUUACAGUUAUGUUGUAGUGUGCAGACUGAUACUGUGGUUCAUACACUCAGAUUUAUGCAAGAAACAGCAGAGAGUCUUGAUUUGGACACAUUUGAUGUCAGUAAUGAGCCUCUACUAGAUACUGUGUCAAGAUUUGCUUUAGCUGCCAUCAUUACACAUGCCAACAUGCUAGAAACUAUAGUGACCAAAAACAUUACACAUCAUGAUGACACAUUUAUGUCAGCUGUGAGGCAGGUCUAUCAAUUACGGUUGCAUCUGAUGAACAAGAAAGCAUUUCAACAACAGACUGUUAGCCAGAUGGAAAGUUUCCCCACGCACACGGCUGACCGAGAUACUGGCGAGAAAUCACGCAGGGGAGACCCGGACACCGAUACCAAUCUAGACAGUGAUGAAGAAGGUGAGGACGGGGAAAUUCGUAAGACGUCACAGAACGGAUCGUAUGAAGAAGAAUGUGCAGAUUGCCUCAGGAGAAGUUUAUUUCUGAUUCUUGCAGUACAGCCGUAUUGGCAAGUGAAAUCACAUCCUUGUUCUGAUAAUGCAGAAUCAGGAAAAGAAAAAAAUACCAAAGGGAGCUUGUCUGAAACAAAGCAGUCAGUUGUACAGCAGAAUGUCCUAGGUUCACACAAAGGUAGCCAUCCUGACCUUCAGCUCUAUCUGGUGUCAACUGAUGUGACCUCAAACACCAAGAAUGGAGCAGCAACACCUGAUUUUUCUAACAAAGAAGGAACAGGUACAGGUGCUUCUCUCCAGAAAGUAAAACAAACUCUCAGAAGAUUGAGGUGGCAUCAUGAACACUCGGGGGAUGUAACUCUAGGAAGAAAACAAGGGAGACGACUCCCACACAGCAUAAGUGGAGAUGUCUGCAGUUUCAUAAAGGGAGAUAAUCUAAAUCAUCAAAGGGGCAAGAAGAGGAAUGCAUCUUUGAAAAAUGUUUCGUAUUCUGUAAUAGAAGACAUAAUGAAAAUGCAGCAUGAUAGAGCAGAGUCACGAUUGUACGCCUUGAAUCAGAUCAGAGAGUUGUUGAUGGCUCAUAAAGAAAAGACUGAUGCUGAUAGAAGCUCUCCUGUACCUAAGACAUUAUCUACGUUGCUGUGCUCUGCCCAUCUUUGUCUCUUGUCUGGCUGCUUUAAUCUAGGCCUACUCGCUGGACCACAAGGGGAGAAAAUACCCAGAAUUGCUCAUUACAAGGAUGAUAUAAUGUCAGCUAAGGCAGAAACUCAGAGAGAGAUACAGUUAGCAGCACAUGAUAUUUAUGAAUCUCUUGUAGAAGGUCUUCUACUUACAUACAACAAUAAACACAAUCAAGGUACUAGACAGAGGCUACUACUGUGUACUAUAUUUUCACUGAGUAUAAGUUACAAAGCAGUAGAUAUCUCCCUACUGGUGGCCUGCAGGCUCUUACCAACACUAUACGAGAUGGCAAGUCUGUCUGCACCCAUACAGGGUCUGGUUCAACCAAUCAGAGGACGUCUCGGGCAAGUACAGCUCAACACUGUACUGAGAGUAGCCAGCUUCCGGUUGAUACAGAUUGUAUCUCUCACAACAAGUGUUCAUAGUGGACCAUUAAGUUCAGGUGUACUACAGUCUGUCCUAGAUAUGCUGUGGUUCCAGAUACAGAAACAUCUUGACAAUCCUGGUUACCAUAGUAAUGCUAUGGCAAUCUUCUUGGUGUUUACACGCAGAGUUCUCUCAGCAGGGAAGUUGAAAACUCUAGCAGCAACAAAAAAGUGGACUGAUAUGCUUAUAAGUAUAAUAAAAGAGUCAAAACAAGGUCAGAGUUUAAGAACAAAGCUGGCAGCCAUAUCUAUUUUAGAAAGUAUCCUUCUGGCAUGUAAAACUAGCAUUGAUGGGGAUUUCUUUAAACAGGUAAUAUCAGACUUAUUUAGCUGCCUUUCAGACAACAUGUGGGAACUUCCCAUGAAGCAGGCAAUCACUGAUGCUAGACUGGAAGAGUUAUCUCUCUUGUCUAAGUUAGAGCAGCUGAAAAUAGAAGGCAAUGGAGAUUCAGAGAGUUGCCCACUUCUCAGCAAAUCAGCUGACCAGGUUGAUACCUGGCUUGAUCCCUCAGGUCAUGUGACUACAAGUUUGUCUGGUUCCCUUUCAAGUGUCGCCAGUGAGGAGCAAACAGUUGGGGACAGGGGAGGAAAUAAUAACACUAGCGAGAAUGAUACUGUUGAUGGUGUGAAUAAACAGGAUGAUAGAAUAAUUAAUGAAGAUUGUAUGACUCAACUUGAAGUGACCUUUGACCCUGAAAAAUGUGUGUGUAGUAGUAUAGAGGCCGGACAAUCCCUGAUACACAGUACAUCAGGGAAAGGUUAUGGCAUAGCAUCUAUUCCAAUAACAUCGGGAUGUUACCAUUGGAAGUUUCAGAUAGUAAAAGAGAACAAGAGUAACGAGGGUACAUGUGUAGGAGUGUGUCGUCUUCCGGUUCGUGACUAUGGUCAUAGAUCUACAUCAGACAUGUGGUUAUAUAGGGCAUAUAGCGGUAACCUUUAUCAUAAUGGUGAACAACUUCGUACCUUGCAUGGCUUUACUCAAGGAGAUUAUAUAACCUGUGUUCUAGAUAUGGAUUCAAAAACUUUGGCCUUUGGAAAAAAUGGAGAGGAACCUAGAAUGGCAUUUGAAGAUAUUGAUGCUACAGAACUGUACCCCUGUGUGACUUUCUACAGCAGUAACCCUGGCGAAAAGGUUAAAAUAUCUGACAUGCAGAUCCAGGCAGUUCACAAGGACCUGUUACCUGGAGAGCCACUCUGUGCUCCACCUAGUACAGUGGUGUGUGAGGCUCUAAUCCGGACCGUCCGUAGUUUACAUUCCAGUAAUGUAUGGACCGAUGUGAUAAACGAGAAAAUUAUUCAACAGUUAGACAAAGUCUCUGAUCUAGACGUGUUUGUCACACCAGAUGUUAGAGAUAGGUUAGAUACACCGGUGAAAUACGAGGGCAAGAAACAGAAAAGUGAGGAGGAAAAUGGAGAUGACUCUGGUAAAAAGUUCAAGUUCAGUUUAUAG